AUGAGAAUGUCUAUAGUAAAGGGUAUAUUAUAUUUUCGUCUCGCUGUGGGUAAUUAUUGGGAGUGUAGUUCAUCAAAAAUUGUUCAGUUUUUAUGUAAAUUAUAUUGUGUUAUGUAUAUAAGCGUAUCUACUUAUCUUAACUUUUCAAUUGGGUUUGCACCGGAAAGUCUCAUAGCUUAUUAUGAGGUUAAUUUGUUUUUUUUCUUUAUUAUAAACGGAGUUCUCUCUAUUUGGAAUAAACAAGAGUAUUUUACGAGAUUUUAUUCAGGUAUAAGGACCAUAGACAAUAUCAUACAUUUCACAAAACCUAAAUCAGCGUGGCUAGUCGCUUACCUUAUUUUGAUAGUCUUUAAAAGUGCUGGUAAUAUAAUUAUGUUUUUGCACCUGAAAUUUAUAUUAUCUCUUGCAAUUCAAAUGGCGGAAAUUUCGAGAACUAUAUCAAACUUGCCUUCAGUUAUGAUAUAUGAGAUGUUGUGGUCACGAAUGGCAUUUUUACGUAAAUGGCUGAAUUCAAAGUUAAUUCAUGGAAAUCUUGAUGAAAAGCAGUUUUGUCUAAGGAAGUUCUUACAUCUGUACAAAACAUUGCUUGAUAAUGUCACCAAAGUAUAUAAGAUACUGGCUUUACAGGCAUUCAUCGAGCUGGUUUACCAUUUUACGAAAUUAUUAUUUGAUACACACUCCUCUAUAGUGAUGAUGCUAACGGGAAGCGUGGACCUAAAAUUUUCUCUAACACUUUUCGUGACCUCAGUGUUAGAUUUUGUGGUCAUGAUAAGUGGUCCACUAUUUCUUGAGCUGACACUUCGUGAGUAUGAGAAGUUGAUGUCUUUGAUUACUACAGAGUUGGUACAGUGCAAAGAUAGAACCUAUCGAGAGCAGAUUCUCACCACAUUGGAGUACUUAGAAGUUCGACCUCCUCGCUACACAGUAUGGCGGAUUGUUUCUAUGAAUUUGAAACUAAUGGUAACAGUUGUCCAAUUACUAGUGACUUAUGUUAUUGUACUGCUUUCAUUUCAAUUUUGA